CGACGAGCUUCAGUUUCGCUCUCGACUUCUUCGGCGACGGUUCGUGCUCCAGCUAAAUUGUGCGCGCUGUAUACCGAAUGGCCGUAAACUUCAACGCCGAGAGUUAGUUUUCUGAAAAGUUUCCAAAAGUGCAUCGUCUUUCCCCACACGAGUGUUGGACUAUUUUUAUCACACAAAAUGCUUACGUCAAGCAAUCAAUACCUCCGACCGGAGUACUUAACACCGCUCCCAACUACGUUGGAUGCGAAAAAGAGUCCCUUGGCCCUGCUGGCUCAAACAUGCUCGCAAAUCGGCGCAGAUUCACAGAAUUCCAAGUUGAUCGCAAACAGCGCUGCUGGCACAAACAACAGUGAGAAGAAAACCAAAGAAACUUCCAAGGAGAAGAGCAGCAAGUCAGAUUCACCGAACAAGGCGAACUUUAAGCCCUACGAGAUCAGUUCCUCUCGGGAGAAGUCCAAAUCACCCGAGGAGCGUGCAAGCACCGCUUCUACAAACGGUAGCAGUCGUGUGCGAACUCCAAGCAGCAAAAGUGCUUCCGGUGGUGGUGGUGCGAACAACUCGAUUCGCUGCAGCAGUAAUCAGAGUGCCACCUCCGCACGUGAGUCACCAGCUGCUACCGAACGGAAGGCAACACCUGCGACAACAAACACUACGACUUCCGAAAACGCCACUGACGAUCGCCAUACUCCCGGCAAUGCCGAACAAAGUCGUGGAAGUCCUGUUACACCAUCCACAUCCAAGGCUAGUUUGAUACCGUCUAUUCCCACAUCGGAGGCGGUUGGUUUUGGUGCAUAUAAACCAUCAAUUCCGGUGUCUUCAGCGUAUCUGGGUGGAUAUCCACCUGGUUUUCCGCUUGGAAUGGAUUUGAUGACUAGUAGUCUAAUGUCUCAACACCAUGCUUUGAAAGCUGGUGGAUUGAGCCCGUAUUUAAAUUACGCAAGGUUAAAGAGCCCAACUGAUCCGAUGUGCAGAGAUCCCUAUUGUACUGGAUGUAGUCUAAGUUCUCAUUUAAUGGUACCCACGUCCGUCGCUCCAAAAACUACUUCAUGUCCAGCUGGAUGUACUCAGUGUGAUCACGCCACUUCCAAAGCACCUAGUUAUCUGUCCCAUAAUCCUGCCGCCGCCGCCUACGCACACGCACAACUGGCAGCUUUGGCAGCAGCUUCUCACCUGCCACAUAUUUGUAACUGGAUUUCUGGUGAUGGUGCAUACUGUGGAAAGAGAUUCUCCAGUUCUGAAGAACUGUUAACUCAUCUACGGACUCACACCAGCGUCGGAUCUGUUUCGGAAGCAACAGCUUUGUCCAUGCUUAGUGCACCAGGUCUUCCUCCAACGCACCCGCUUCUUCAUCGCACGUAUCCAACACCGCCGCUCAGCCCUCUCGCCACAGCCAGAUACCAUCCGUACAGCAAGCCGUCCCUGCUACCUCCAUCGCUCACCACUUCACAUCUCAGCAGUUACCCGCUCACUCAUCCUGGACUGCCACCAUACCUAUCACCAUAUUCCCUUUAUGGGCCUAGGUUGGGCGCGGCACCAGGGAUGCAUCCAUAGGAUGGUCCUAUCUCAGAGCUGUGUUAAUAAAACUUCAUGAGGACUCAUCAAACUAGUCUCUAUAUGUUUUGCUUCAUUUCUGCGAUUAAGACAAACAAAAAUAAAAGCCUGGAUACGACUGGGUGGGUUUACCUUACCUUUGUGGACGUGACUGUGUGAUAUUAAUUUAAACUUUAUCUCUGUGUACAAAAAAAAGCUAAUUAAUUCCUGCGACGCGGGACAAGGCACGCCGACCGGCCGAGAGUAAUUAGACCUUGUAUCAUAAUAAUUAUAAGUGAUGUUUAAUUCUAUUGUACAGAUCUCAUUAAAUUCUAUUUAUUUAAAUGUGACUAAUUAUGCUAAAAUAAAACACAAGCGAGCGAAAUCUCCAGCUCUCGACUCCGUUUUUUUAAAUGUACAAAAAUGGCAAACAACAACUGCAAACAGAAAAAAUGCAAAAAAAUUCUUCUUGUAUCUAAAAUUACUUACAAAUAAUCAUAUCAAAUGUGUAAUUCAUAAAACAAAACCACAAAAAAAUAAUUAUAUAAAAUGUGAGCUAUUUUUAUUGUUAAAUUUUUAAAUAUAAAAUGUGUUAUUUGAUUUAUAAGAA